ACGGUGGAAGGCUCUGCUGACAAGCUCACGCAGGUGUACAAAAGCAAGGCGGGAGAAAAAUGUUGAGCGUUAGAACAACCCUUUAGAGAGAGAGAGAGAGAGACUUUUUGUUUUUUGGUAUGGAGAGUGACACUUUAUAGAGAGAAAGAGAGGUAACAUUCCUCAGUUCCUCGGUAUAAAAGGAGAGCUGCGGGGGAUGAGGAAGGAGGUGUAGACGACGGUGGAGACCCACAUUAGGCGCUUCGUAGGUUCCCUGAUUAUUACAAGGAACGCUACUCUUUCUCUCUCUGUUAGUCCAUUUAAGCUGAGAAGCUUGGAGGGUCCCUCUCGUCUCUGUUACAUUCUCUUACCUUCGUUUUCUUAAACAUUUUGUAUUUACUUUGCUCUGAGGUGGCUAUGGCGAUAAAGAGAAACAUGGGUUCUGUUAUUGUUGGGGAGAAGUUUGACCCCCGAAACCUUGGUCCUAACCAAGCUGAGACAGAUCACUUGUAUAACGCACUUUGGCACUCUUGUGCUGGCCCCCUGGUUGCUCUUCCUCAUGUUGGGGAGAAGGUCUUCUACUUCCCUCAAGGCCAUCUUGAACAGGUUGAGGCAUCCACAAGUAAUGACGGUAUUCUGGAAAUUCCAGCUUUUAAUUUACCCUCAAUGAUCCUAUGCUCAGUUGUUCAUAUCCAGCUAAAGGCUGAAGUGGACACAGAUGAGGUGUUUGCACAAGUGACACUGGUUCCAGAAACAACGCAAGAAGAACAUAAUCUGGACGCUGUGGUUAGACCGUUACCUGAAAGAACCAAUGUGUACUCAUUUUGUAAGACGCUUACAGCAUCUGAUACCAGUACACAUGGUGGAUUCUCUAUUCUAAAGCGACAUGCUGAGGAAGGCCUUCCUCCUCUGGAUAUGUCCCGCAAAUCCCCAUCACAGGAUCUUGUGGCAGAGGAUUUGCAUGGAGUAGAGUGGCGCUUCCGCCAUAUUUAUCGUGGUCAACCGAAGCGCCACUUGUUUACUAGUGGUUGGAGUACAUUUGUCAGCUCAAAGAGGCUUGUUACAGGGGAUGCUUUUAUUUGUAUUAGAGGAGAAAAUGGAGAACUCCGGGUUGGGGUUCGGCGGGCUCAUAAAAGCGAGUACAUUGUGUCUGCAUCCAUCAUGUCUGGACAUAGUAUGCAACUGGGCGUACUCGCCACUGCUGGUCAUGCUAUUUCUACUAAGACCAUGUUCACUGUCUACUACAGACCCAGGACAAGUCCUUCUGAAUUCAUAAUUCCCUAUGAUCAAUGCAUGGGAUCAAUCAAAGCCCUCUAUUCAGUGGGCAUGAGGUUCAGAAUGAAGUUUGAAGGUGAAGAUAGUCAUGAACAGAGACUUGCAGGUACCAUAGUUGGCAUAGAAGAUGUUGAUCAGAUCAGGUGGCCCAGUUCAAAGUGGCGAUGUCUUAGGGUUCAAUGGGAUGAAACAUCUACUUCUGUGGUCCUUCUAGACAGAGUUUCUCCAUGGAAUAUUGAAUCGCUUGAAGUCACCAACCUGACGCAUCCUAUUUUACCCCUAUCAAAGAGUGCACAUCCCUUUUGUUCAUCUCCUGGAUCAUCUUCCUUAGCUGGUAAUGGUCUACAGGGUUCAACUGCGCCUCCGCCACCUAAAACUAGGAGACGCUCACAGGUCUUACAAGGUCAAGAAAGAAAGAUCAGAAAGGUUCAGUUUUCAGGAAAUGCAGGAAGGCCAUCUCCACCCCUUUGGGUUCCUCCACCAAGGUAUGGUCGUGGUAAGGCACAAGCAGGAAAGCAUGACUCAGUUCAUCCUGCUCCUGGCAAUGCAGUAUCUUUCCAAAGUGGAAGCCAUCCACUUUUGGGGCUCAAUGGUUUCUCACACCCAGGGUCCUCCUCAUGUUGGACCGGUGGCAAUGUUGGAAUAAGAAGGAACCCAUCUGUUGCACAUUUCAGUUCCCAGAGUUCUGGAUUUUGUGAAUGGAGAUCUCAUGAGCCCAACAGAGAUACCACACCAGUAACUCCGCCGAUAAGCAGCAGAAAUUGUAUGCUGUUUGGUGUCAACUUAGGCAAGAGCUCAGGAGCUGCAUCACCAUUCAGCACGACAUCUAAUUCGCUCUUAGAUGUUCGGAAUGUGCCUACUGAAGCAACUACUUCUGGAAUUUCAAAUGUUCGGAAUGUGCUUCCUGAAGCAACUUCAUCUAGAAUUUCACAGUAUUCAAAGAGUGGAAAGCCUUCUGAUUCAUGUGGAUCUGGUAGUAGUGGGAAACCAUGCCAGACUUGUUCUAUCACUAGUAGGACAUGUACCAAGGUCCACAAAUUUGGAGUCGCUUUGGGGAGAUCAGUGGACCUUUCAAGAUUCGAAGGAUACUAUGGGCUCAUUCGUGAGCUUGAUCAUAUGUUUGAAUUUGAUGGGAAACUGAUGGACCGCAACAAUGGAUGGCAUAUAAUAUACACGGAUAAUGAAGGAGAUGUCAUGCUGAUGAUGAAUGAUUAUUCUUGGAGGGAUUUUUGUUCUGUGGUGCAGAAAAUAUUCAUAUACCCCAUGGAAGAAAUUGAUAAACUUAAUCCAGGCUCUUCAAUUCUGAUGAGAUUAAGUAAACAGAAACAAAAGAGUGAAUGAGGGGUGUAAAUCUUCUUUUUUUUUUUUUUUGAAUAAGUGUAUUUGGUGAGGUUGUGGUUUGCUAUGUCCACACUAAUCAGGAGGGCUCGAGUUCU